AUCACCACAGAUAACAUUGUCAUUUUGUCGCGUUGUUUUUUCUUAUAUACCAUUGUAAUUUUACCGCAUGGGUGGUAAUUCUACGGUACAGUAAAUCUGAAGACAUCCUUAAAAUUUGAACCCGAAAUAUCUUCUUGUCGUUAGAAACAAAAAAUGCCACCUAAAUUUGAUCCAAAUGAGGUGAAAUUCGUUUAUUUGCGAUGCGUUGGUGGUGAAGUCGGCGCUACAUCAUCUUUAGCUCCAAAAAUAGGUCCUUUAGGUUUGUCACCUAAAAAGAUUGGGGAUGACAUUGCCAAAGGCACAGCAGAUUGGAAAGGUCUUAAAAUUACAGUCCAGUUAAGAAUUCAGAAUCGACAGGCUCAAAUUAGUGUUGUACCAUCAGCUGCUUCUUUAAUAAUCAAAGCUCUGAAGGAACCGCCCCGAGAUAGAAAAAAACAAAAAAAUAUUAAACACUCUGGAAAUAUAAGUCUUGAUGAUGUUCUUGCAAUUGCCAGACAAAUGAGACCAAGAUCUAUGGCAAGGCAACUAUCUGGAACAGUGAAAGAAGUUUUAGGUACUGCACAAUCUGUAGGUUGUACAGUUGAUGGAAAACUGCCACAUGAUUUAAUAGAUGAAAUAAAUGAUGGCACUGUAGAAGUUCCCGAAGAAUAAAUAUAAAUAAAUACUUUGUUGUAUGA